AAUAUCUGCAGGUUUUCAUCUUUGCCCUCUUGUCGGAUUACCCGCUGGCUCUGCCUGUUUGCUUUCAGUAACUGUUUCUCAACAACACCGUCGCCUCCCAAAUCCAGCAUGGGUUAAGGUGCAAUUUUCUUUCCCUUUCUGUGAAGGGCCAUUGACUGUUCCACCCUCUGCAGAUGCCUCACCUGGAAGGACUGUUUGGAGCCCUGAAUGGAGAAUCUGGAGCACCGAAGGAUGUAAAAUUCAUAUCCCAAAACUUACACAAUGUUCUUCACUGGAAACUGGGAAAUGGGACAGAAAAUACCACGUACUUUGUACAGCACAAACAGUAUGGACAGCCAUGGUCAAACAAAACAGAAUGUUGGGGUAUCAGGGUAACUUGCUGUGACCUUACAGAAGAGACAAAACCAUAUUUUGAAAACUUCUUUGCAAGAGUAAGAGCAUUUUCAUUUAACAGAUUAACAGACUGGACACAGAGUGAGACAUUUCAUCCAAUAAGAGACACUGUUAUCGGGCCUCCAGAGGUUGAAGUGAUCUCCUCAGAAAAAUCUCUUUUGGUUAAAUUGAUUGCUCCCCUCAUAGCAGUCAAUGGAAGCCUGUCAGUGAAAGACACGUAUCUUGAAGUGAAAUAUAAUAUAAUCUUGUCUGUCAAAGCCCAGGGUCAGGCCAAUGUAGAGUAUCAGAGGACUUACAUCACAAACAACAACUCCUUUGAAAUCCAGCAUCUAAGUCCUGGAACAUCCUACUGCGUUUCCGUUCAAACAAAGGUUUCGUACAAUGAUAACAUUGGUGACCUAAGCAGGGAGCAGUGUGUGACUCUGGCAGAGCCAAGAAUUAGAACCAUUCAAUCAGUGAUUAUCUGCUCGGCAGGUGGGAUCAUCGUCGUGGUUGCACUUUCAAUUUAUCUGUGCUUUAAAUACAGGUGCAUCGUUGCCCCCAGGCCUCACUACCCCGCAGUCCUGACAACGUGGAAUAAUAAAAAGCAGGAGUGUCUUGUAUUUUAUCCUCAAAUAAUUGAGCAACCAGAUAUUGACAAAGGUGAAUUCAUAGACAUCUCAGACCAUCCCUGUCCCUUGCUGUUGCAAAACAAAUGUUUAACAAAUUCACCUUAUAGAAAAUAUAUCAAUGUUAAAUCUCCAGGUAAUUUGCAACACAGAGAUUUUGAUUCUAACUCGAUGCCCCUGGGUACCAUGGCAUUCUGUAGUUACCUUGAAAUGCUUCCGUUUUCUUGCUCGGACUAUGUACGAACAAUGGUAGAAUUUGACUCUUUGUUGCCUGUAGACCAAUCACAUGAGAACAUUGGAUUACGUGGAAUAUCCAGGGAACACUGGCAGUCUCAGGUCUGUGUCCAAAAUAAAUUACAAUCCCAAGAUCAGGAAGGAGAAACUUUACAAACACAGACAGAGUUCUUAACUGAAUCCCCAGAAUAUAUCAAUCAGGACAUUUGGCAGAACCCAGAUUUAAAUAAUCAGGAAUUAUUAUAGUGGUAGCUGAAAUAGCUCAGCUGCAGAGCAUUAGGCAAAAAGUCUAAAGGUUCCUGGUCCAAUCCCAGGUUUCGGCACUGAUACCCCAUUCUCCUCUCCUUUACUUAUCAGAUUCUGAUCUGCAGUGAUUCCCAGUCAGAUCAGAGACAGAGAUCCUCUUGUCCUUACCUUUCACCUUAUGAGCUCUCCUUUGUCCUUUCUGCCAGCUGUAAUGAAGUCCCACUACCAACCACAUUUCCCCACCUCUUUCUGCCUCCUGUGACUCCCUGUUCUGCCCAUGCUUCCAAACACAUUCCUCCCUUACCUCAGACUCUUUCCCCGCCCUCACAGUGGACUCACACCUACUUCCUCACCACCAUCCAGGGACAGAAAGCAGUCAUUCCAGGUUUACUGGUCUACUGCAUUUGGUGCUCCUGAUGUGGCCUCCAUAACACUGUAAGACAUAGAGCAGAAGUAGGCCAUUUAGCCCAUUGAGUCUGCUCUGUCAUUUGAUCAUGUCUAACGUAUUUCCUCGCAAUCCUAUUCUCUUGCCUUCUUCCUGUAACCUUUGACACCCAUACUGAUCAAGAACCGGUCCUCCUCUGUUUUCAAUCUACCCAAUGACAGCCUCCAUGGUUGUCUGUGGCAAUGAAUUCCACAGAUUUACCACCCUCUCGCUAAAGAGAUUACCCAUCAUCCCUGUUCUAAAGGAACUUCUCUUUAUUCUGAGGUUGUGUCCUCUGGUCUUAGACUCUCCUGAUGUUGGAAACAAUUUUUCCAUCUGAGCCAUUCAAUAUUUGGGAGCCUUCAGUGAAAUACCCCCUCAUUCUUCUGAACUCCAGGGAGUACAAGCCAUCAGACACACCUCAUAAAUUAACCCUCUCAUCCCCAGAAUAAUUGUCACAAGCCUUCUCUGUACCCUCUCCAACACUAGUACAUCUUUCCUUAGACAUAGCAUCCAACGUUCACAAUAGUCAAAAAGAGGUCUGACCAGCCCUUUAUAAAACCUCAGCAUUACAUCCUUGCUUUUGUAUUCUGGUCCUCUUGAAAUGGUUGCUAGUGUUGCAAUUGCCUUCCUUACUACUGACUCAACCUGAAAGUUAACCUAUAAGGAUCCCCGCAUUAGGACUCUCCCAAUUCCCUUUGUACCUCCGAUUUCUGAAUUCACCACUCAUUCAGAAAUUAGUCUGUGGCUUUAGUGCAUGACUAUACAUUUCCCAAUCUUGUAUUUCAUCUGCCACUUGUAAUCCCAUUCUUCCAUUCUGCUCAAGUCCCUGCUUCCUCAGCACUACUGCCUCUCCACCUGUCUCUGUAUCCUUCAUAAACCUGGCCACAAAGUCAUCAAUCAUAAACCUGGCCACAAAGUCAUCAAUCAUAAACCUGGCCACAAAGUCAUCAAUUCCAUCAUCUAGAUCAUCACCUGCCUCUCCACCUGUCUCUGUAUCCUUCAUAAACCUGGCCACAAAGUCAUCAAUCAUAAACCUGGCCACAAAGUCAUCAAUUCCAUCAU